AGCACCAAACUCAAAAGCCCACACAGGCACACAUUUUGCGCUUCUACUAAAUCCCUUCUUCCUUGACCUUCAUUUUGGCGCCAAAUCAACAGUCGUGUUCCCGCUCGACCAAAUUGAUCUGAUCUGAAUCUUCAAGCAGAGAGAGAGAGAGAGAGAUUCUUGAGUGCAUUGAUUUAAUGGCGUCGAAUUCGGAAGUGGGGGGAUCAUCGGCGGAUUACGAAACAAUGAUGUCGACAUCGGACGUUGAGCUAUUGAAGAGGGCGUGGCGUAACGAGAAGGCGGCGCCGGAGAUUCUUCAGUACGAAGGAGCUCUUGUUGAAAGAGCCAAAGAACAGAUCGAAUUAGUGGAAGAAACAAUUGAGGAUUAUGUGGAAAAUGGUAAAGACCCUUUGGUGGUGUCUCUUUAUCAGAUGGAUUUGGACAGAACCCAGUUUCUACUCAGAUCUUAUCUCAGGGUUAGGCUCCUCAAGAUUGAGAAGUUUAUGUUCCACAACCUCAAAUCAGAAGAAGCUGAAAGGCGGCUUUCUGAGCAGGAGAGAGUCUUUGCUACAAAGUGUGCUGAUGAUUUGGCAAAGCAUUUCGAAGAGACUGUCCUGCUUAAAUUACCCCAGAAUUAUCAGUCGGUCCUCAAGCAAUCCGCAAUAAGUGAAGUGGAUGAUAUGGUGCCGCAGCCCCAUUUGGAGACCUUUGUUGUUUGUAGAAGCAACAACUUUGUCUCCCUCAAUCUAUAUGAAGAAGGAGAGAGCCCUGAGACUGUGGAAAUGGAGCGCGGUGAUCUCUACUUCAUACGCUACAAGAUUGUUAAAGGAGCAAUCGAAUCUGGCCAAAUUGACUUGAUCUGAGCUCAAUAAUGCUACCAUAACCAUAAGUGAAAGAUUGUGCUACCAUUGUUCAUUAUGUUAUGAACCUGAUUUGCUUGUGUUGUAUAGUGAAUUUUUACUAUAUUGUUUUGACUUUUGAGUUUCCCUAUGUCUUGAUAAAAAAAAAACUUUAGUAUCC